AUGGUAGGUGUAACUAGUAAGCAAAAUAAAAAUAAGAGAGUAAAGUUAACUUCCAUUAAUGAUAAAAAAAAUGAACAAGAAAAGCAUAUAAGCCCAAAAGGUUCGGUAAAAAAAAAUAAUUUUGAUGACAAAGAUGAAAAUGUUUCAUCUGAAAGCCAAAUCGAUGAUAAUGAAGAAAAUGAAUCAGAAAUAACAACAUUAUCCUCAGCUGAAGAAGAAGAAGAAGAAGAAGAAGAAGAGGAAGAGGAGGCCGAUGAUGUCGAUUUCCCUACUUCAAAGCCCAAAAACACCAAAAAAAGUAAACACGAUGAUGGUUCAGAAUUGUUUUCUAAUGCAAUGAGUGCUAUUUUAUCAUCACAUUUAAAAGCAUAUGAUCGUAAAGAUCCAAUCAUGGCCAGAAAUAAAAAGGUUUUACAAAAAAAUGAAUCGGAUAAAUUAGAAUUCAAGGCUAAAAAGGCCAUGCUGGUAGAAAAAAAAAAAAUAUUGUCCAAAACCAGGGAAACAGAAAUUCUUCCAUCAGAAGCUAGCGAGAUUAGUAAAACAUUGGAUAAGGAAAGAAAAUUAAGAAAGAUAGCCCAAAGAGGUGUUGUCAAACUAUUUAAUGCUAUAAUGCUUACACAGGUGAAAACUGACAAGGAAAUAAAUGAUAAAUUUUCUGAUAUUAAGAACCAGCAGGAAAAGAAACAACUGAUUACCGAUGUAUCCAAAGAAACAUUUCUUGAUUUGGUAAAAGCGGCGGGUGAAGAGUAG